AUGGCCUCUCCUGCUGCUUCCCCCACUACAUCUGCACCAAAUAAGGAUAAUGGAGCACCCGUAGAUACUCAGAAUCCCGAACAGCAGCAGCAGCAGCAAGGAGGACAGUCUUCAACAACGACGCCACCCGUUCCCACCGGCUCGCUCUAUGUUGGCGAAUUAGAUCCAACUGUAACAGAAGCCAUGUUAUUCGAAGUUUUCAACAUGAUUGGUCCCGUCGCUAGCAUUCGAGUAUGUCGCGACGCGAUCACACGACGAAGCCUUGGCUAUGCAUAUGUCAACUUUCACAGCAGCGACGAUGCCGAACGUGCCAUCGACUCGCUCAAUUACAGCUUGAUCAAGGGCCGACCUUGCCGUAUCAUGUGGUCCCAACGCGAUCCUGCACUCCGUAAGACCGGCAAUGGCAAUAUCUUUAUCAAGAACCUCGAUCCUACCAUCGAUAACAAGGCCCUUCACGAUACUUUCUCGGCUUUCGGUCACAUUUUGUCCUGCAAGAUUGCUUUGGACGAGACCGGUCAGUCCAAGGGCUACGGCUUUGUACAUUACGAAACAGAGGAAGCAGCUGAUAUGGCUAUUCAAAAGGUCAACGGUAUGCUUUUGAACGACAGAAAAGUUUUCGUUGGACACCACGUCUCUCGCAAGGAACGUCAAGCAAAGAUGGACGAGAUGAGAGCCAACUUCACCAACGUGUACGUCAAGAACAUUGAUGGUCUUGUCUCUGACGAAGAACUCGGUAGCCUUUUCCGCAAAUACGGCACAGUUACCUCGGUUGCUAUUGCCAAGGAUGACCAAGGCGUGUCCCGCGGAUUCGGUUUUGUCAACUUUGAGAACCACGAGGAUGCCAGAAAGGCUGUGGAAGAACUGAACGAUACCGACUUUAACGGCCGAACCCUGUAUGUUUCGCGUGCCCAAAAGAAGAACGAGCGUGAGCAAGAGCUGCGACGACAGUACGAGCAAGCACGUAUGGAGAAGCUCAGCAAAUACCAAGGUGUUAACUUAUACGUCAAGAACCUCGAUGACGACAUUGAUGAUGAGCGUCUCCGCCAAGAAUUCGCCGUGUAUGGUGUUAUCACCAGCGCCAAGGUGAUGCGUGACGACACCACCGGUGUCAGCCGUGGAUUUGGCUUUGUAUGCUUCUCGGAAGCUGAUGAAGCAACCCGCGCUAUUACUGAAGCAAACGGACGGAUGUUGGGAUCGAAGCCUAUCUACGUGGCGCUCGCUCAGCGAAAGGAUGUCCGUCGCGCACAGUUGGAGGCUCAAAUGACCCACCGUAGCAACAUGCGCAUGGGUGUUCCUCCCGGCCCACCUCCAGCUGGUUAUAUGCAGCCUGGUAUGUUCUAUCCUCCUGGUCCUGGCGGCUUUGUCCCCGGUCCUGGCCAGGGCGGCCCACCCAUCAAUGUCAACAACAAUAACAACACCAGUGCUCCUGCUGCCGCUGCUGCCGCACCCGAACAACAACCUGACGCCUUGACUGCCGAGACAAUGGCUGCUGUCCCAGCCGAACAACAGAAACAGAUGUUGGGAGAGCGCUUAUACCCGCUCAUGUAA